AAAGAACUUCUCUCUGGAGUCGAUUGAAAGAAAAAGAGAGCACAAUUUAUUGUUUGUGUAAUCCUUAGAGACUAUUUUGACCCUAGAGCCAAAAUUAAUGGGCCAUAUUUGUCAUUUGGUUUUUCCUUUCACCCUUCACUCUUCUCCAUAGUUCCUCACUGUCUCCGAAAAUCCAGUCCAUUUUUUAGACCAAACAAUAUGACAACAAAAAGCACUAAAAUUGGCCUCUAGUCACUAAACCAACAUUUUUUUAGUUGCAAAACUUGCAAUGUCCCCAUUGAUGCUUCUGCUCUGUUUUCUUCUUCAACUAAUAUACACUUUCUACUCUUGUUCUUCUUCUUCUGCUGCUGCUGCUGCUACCACUACCCCUUCUGCUCCAUUCAACUCUUUGCUUCCUUCCGACGCUGUUUCUUUAUUGUCAUUCAAGUCAAAAGCUGACCUUGACAACAAGCUUCAUUACACACUGAACGAGCGUUUUGAUUACUGUCAAUGGCGAGGAGUCAAAUGUGUACAGGGUCGUGUUGUGCGUUUAGUUCUUCAAGGGUUUAGUCUCCGGGGUACUUUUCCGCCGAAUAGUUUAACUCAUCUUGACCAACUCCGAAUACUCAAUCUUAGGAAUAACUCACUUUCCGGUCCUAUUCCUGAUCUUUCCGGUCUUCUUAACCUGAAAACUCUGUUUCUUGAUCAUAAUUUUUUCUCUGGAACUUUUCCCCUUUCUGUUCUUUCUAUUCACCUUCUUGUUAUUCUUGAUCUUUCUCGUAACAAUCUCACUGGCUCACUCCCUGCUAGGCUUACUGUUCUUGACCGGUUGAACUAUCUCCGGCUUGAUUCUAACUGGUUUAACGGUUCGAUUCCGCCGUUGAACCAGACCCAACUCCAAAUUUUCAAUGUAUCUAAUAAUAACCUCACUGGUCCAGUACCUGUUACUCCAACUCUGAAGAAAUUUAACGUACGGUCUUUCUUACGGAACCCUAAUCUUUGUGGCGAGGUUGUUGAUAAGCCGUGUCGUUCGGCUCCAUUCUUUGAUUCACCUUCCUCUGCUGCCUCUCCGCCCACACCGUUAUACCAAAACGCACAGUCGCAGGGUAUUCUUAUUACUCCUCCACCUCAGCACAAACACAAAAAAGUUGGUGUUGUUUUGGGUUUUGUAGUUGGAACAUUGAUCUUGAUUGCAGCUGUUCUCUGUCUUUUUGCUUCUGUGAAAAGGAGAAAAGAAGAAACUGAAAUUGAAUCAAAAGAAACAAAAUGUACCAUUGAGACAAUCACCAAUAGUGCAGCGAACGCAACGGUUUCUGAGCCAGAUGAUAGUAGCCAAGAGAUUAAAUUAGAAAAAGAAGUGAAAGUGCUUCAAGCCCCGAAACAACAGAUGAAGAGUGGAAAUCUGAUAUUUUGUUCAGGGGAAACAGAGUUGUAUUCUUUAGAACAACUAAUGAGAGCAUCAGCAGAGUUGCUUGGAAGAGGCACAAUUGGAACAACGUAUAAAGCUCUGAUGGCUAGUCAGUUAAUCGUUUCAGUAAAGCGAUUGGAUGCUGGUAAAACUUCGAUUACAAGUGCAGAAGCGUUUGAGCAACACAUGGAGUCAGUUGGGAUGUUGCGGCAUCCAAAUUUGGUUGCAGUUAGAGCAUACUUUCAGGCUAAACAAGAAAGGCUUGUUAUCUAUGAUUAUCAGCCUAAUGGUAGUCUCUUCAAUCUAAUUCAUGGUUCAAGAUCAACAAGGGCAAGGCCUCUUCACUGGACAUCAUGUCUAAAAAUAGCAGAAGAUGUGGCUCAGGGCAUUGCUUACAUCCAUCAAGCGUCAAAGCUCACUCAUGGCAACUUGAAAUCCUCCAACGUCCUUCUAGGGUCUGAUUUUGAGGCCUGUCUAACAGACUACUCCAUCAUUGCGCUUGCAGAUAUUUCUUCUGAGGAUGAUCCUGAUUCAGCACGCUAUAAAGCACCAGAAGUGCGCAAAUCAGCACGAAGAGCCACACCAGGGUCUGACGUAUAUGCCUAUGGUAUUCUGUUAUUAGAGCUUUUAACGGGUAAACCUCCAUCUCAGCAUCCACAUCUCUCUCCCCCUGAUGUGCCGGAUUGGGUUAGAGCUAUGAGGGAGGAUGAUAACGAGGAGGAUAGAUGGCUUGCAAUGCUAGUUGACCUUGCUAGUAUAUGUAGCUUGACAUCACCAGAACAGAGACCAACAAUGAGGCAAAUCUUGAAAAUAAUACAAGAUAUAAAGGAUAGUGCAAUGGUCGAGAAUAACAAAAGGGAUGCACAUAAUGGAUACUCAUAGCUUGCAGUUACACCAUUAACCAGCAAGGGUACAUGGUCAAUUGUAAGUAAGUGUCACACCUGAAACCAAUUUGGAUAAUGAAAUCAUUUAUCAUCGUCGACAACCUAUCUGCUUUUGCCCACAUAGACCAAGUGACUCAUCAGCUGUAAUAGUGCUUGUACCUUUAACUUCUCAGGCAGUAAACAACCUAAAACUGAGAAGUUAAUGUCUAUCUGCUAGAACAUGGUCAAGUUAGUCAUUGAAGAUUAUGACACAUUUUGGAAAUCCGUUUUUUUUUCGUCACACACAUAUGGUGCCUAUAUUGUGAGGGAGAAUUGUUUACAGCAUAUUGUAGUAGGUAAUUUUGGUUGAUUCUUUUUCUAAAAAACUUCAAAAUGUACUCGCUUCACCUUAAUGGCAGAAGAAUGUUGUAUAUUAAUCUUGAAUGGUAAAGCUAACCCUAAUUCUGCACUUUCCGUUCUCUGCAUGAUUAGCAGGAGAAGAGUUGUUACCAAGUCCCAAGGAAAUAAGAAUUGCCACAGUAUCCAACAAACAGAUACGAGUAAUUGAAUCAGAAAGACCCACGGAUUCAAUAAUUGUAACUUCUUUUUAUCACACGUUCACAUCCAGCGAAGGAGCAAACAAAAGAAACAAUGCUCCUUCACAUAAAAUAUUUCUUCUAUUUUAAAUGACAAUGAUUGAAGAGAAACAGAACUGUUUUUUCUUGGACUAAGAAAGAGAUGUAUGAAUCAAUCAGGAAAUUACACAAAAAGUUAAAAUGACCAAACAUUUAUCAUAGUGGGAGUGAAAUAGAGGAAAUAUAUUAAUAAUAGUGGUACUUGGUGAAAAAUAAAUUUACCCAACUACAUAUCACAUCAAACAAUUUAAUGUGUCCUUGGUGCAGGCAAACACAAUUCCCAGAGGAACCAAAACAUACCAAAGACUUGCCAGUGAAAAAUGUUCUCUUUUGGUAAUUGUUAAUUUGAAAGUGUCAGGUGAACAAUAACAAAAAAGAAGAAAACAGAAAGAACAGAGCUAAUUUUGGAUCCAAAGCACACAGUAUAUUCCCUGGAGCAAGAUUUUUGGAUGUUUUGAAUAGAAAUUCCACUUUUGCAAAAGAAAAUAAGUUUCAACACAUUUCCACCAUUUAGAUAACAAUUUGCAGCUGUGCUUGUUCUUCUACAGAUAUAGUCUAUCAGAGAUAAAAUCCUGUAGUAAUUAAUAUUUACUUCUCCACUUAAACAAAUACCAAUAAGAGUCACUAGCUGGCAGAUUCAUUGUCCUCUAUUGACAGCAAACAUAGACGUACAUUAUAGAGCCACCACAACAUUAGACAAACAUUCUUUUAAACAAGAGGUGGAUACUGCUUAGACUGCAGGCGCACCCUCUUUCGGUACUCCAGAACAUCCUG